AAAGUACCUUAUAUGUAUAAAAACUGUGCAAUUUCUUUAAAAGCCUGGAUACCUAUAUUUUUAAUUCCUAAAAUGCGUUUGUUGAUCAAAUUUGAAUUGGAUAUUGCAUGGUAGGUGUUUUUAUUCGCACUUCCAGAAAAUUUAUUAAUUUUCCUUAUAUAAAAUAAUUAACUUUAAAGGUUAAAUUUGAAGAAUUAUCGUGAGUAAAAGCACGUUACUUUGAGAAUUCAGAGACAUAUUUGUGAACUUUUUUCAAUUAGUCAAUGCCUGAUUCUCAGAACCUGAGAAUCGGAGUACCUUAAUCACUACUACACGUAAAUGAGUCCAUUUUACGGUUUGUUUACAUGUAUUAUUUAAUUUUAGUUUGCACAACAGCUAGUUAAACUGUCUACCCGAUAAAACCAUUGAACUUAAGGGGGGUUUAAAGGUCUACAGGGGAUAAUCACUCCUUCUAGGCACAUGAUCCGUAUCCUGAAUUUCAAGGAGUCCGUAUUGCACACUCUGCACAUAUUAUAUAUGUAUGACUGUUUUCAGAUUUUUGAGAUCUUAAUCUUUUACAUUUCUUUGCCAUGAAGACAUCUGCCAUGAACCUUUUUUAAAAUUUGAUGAUGCCUUAUGUAAAAAAAAUUAUCUUACCCAUCGAAUUAUGAUGUUUUCUUGGUUUCAAUUUCUGUUUUGUAUUGGCUUUGUUUAAAAUGAUCAAUUGAUGCUGAAAUAAUAGCCGUUUGUUGUAUGUCUCUGAGUCAUUUCCGCCUUUUUUGCUCGUGAAAAUUAACCUCUAAGGUCAAGCUAGUUUAGUUUAUUUCUAAAUUAUUAAGCCAAAAAAAUUAUUUAAAAAUUGGAAUAGGAAGACGCACUUCCCUGUUACCAGGUAGAGGAUGCGUGUACUUAAAACUGCUUCAGGGAGUUCAUGUCGUUGUGCGUUUUAACCUAAAAGCUAGAAUACUGAAGGCAUUCACCGUGAAACCUAUCAAAUGUAUCUAGAAUUACGGUGACCAUCAGAGACAGUUUAUAAAAGCCAAACACGGAAAAAAGUAAUUAAACACGAAACUUAUAUAACAAGUUAGUCUUCGCCAAUGCCUGUAUUUUUUCCGGCACUAUUUUCAGCAUCGAUUAUAGGGAAAUUUAAUUAUAAAACAAUGAAGUUUUCCGUCCAGAAAAUGGAUGACGUCACCGUCCUCUGUCUUCUAUUGGCAUCAAGUCUUAUAAGCCAUGAAUGCUUCAUGUUGAAGAAUUGUUCAUCAAAUUCCAAAUGUAAAUGCUUUAACAUAAAUGGAUAUCUGCACGCCAACUGCUCCAAUCUUGGACUAUCGGUGGCACCUGAAUUUCAUCCAAAUGUUGAAAGUGUGGACUUCAGAUUGAACAAUUUUCUAAAAUUCCCCAGCAAUCUAACAAGGAAUAUAAGAUAUUUAAAUUUAGAACAUAAUUUCAUCGAACAGUUAACAAGAGAAUCUGUUCAUCAGCUCCGAAAUCUGGAAAAUCUUUCAAUGUCUAACAAUGAACUAAAAUCAAUCGAGAAAGGGACAUUUAUGACUUUUACUGAACUGCGCCACUUAGAUCUAUCAUAUAAUUUGCAGCUGUCUUUGUCAACGUUGACAAAUAUAUCAUUUGAUCUACAGUUUACAAGAAUAAAAGUUCUGAUUUUGGAGAAAGUACAGUGCACAUAUGGUAUCAGCACAGCUGUCUACAUCGAGCAAAUUCGACAUCUUUCCAACACAUCUUUGGAACAGUUUAACAUAGCUUCUAACAGAAUUAACCAUUUCGAAUUCGGAGCGUUUUCAUAUCUUCCAAAGACUCUUCGUAUAUUUAAUUUUGCUGACAAUGUUUUGAGUUUCGGUGCAUAUUUGUUAAAUCUUGGACAACUUUCUAACGUUAUGAUGUUGAAUGCCAGUUAUCAGUCUAGUUUUCAUGCAAUUGAUCCUGUCGAUUUUAAUUUUCGCUGCAAAGACAGACACGAAAACGACAACUCGGAUUUUUCUAUAGAUUUUGGCCCUCAUGAAGAAAACACAGGGCUUGAUUUUAAUCAUCGUGACUACAAACGGAAAAGAUCAUUGCAUUUUGCUUCAGGGCGACCAUUUCAAGAAGAAAUAGUUGGGGGAAAGCAAAAUACCACAAUUUAUCUUCCCCCAAAUCUUCGGACAAUUUACUUUCACGAUAAUAUGUACAAAUAUGCAUUUCCUACAUUAUUUCUUAAUGUAUCGGACACAUUCACACAUGUGCAUUUUCAGAACAGCAUAAUUUACAGAUUUGAUGGACCUGUUUACGGAAUGCGAAGCGUUCAAUACCUAGACCUAUCAAACAACUUUUGCAGUAGAGUCUCUAACGACUUCUUUAUUGAUUUUCUAAAUAUUCAAGUCCUCAAUUUAUCAAAUAAUUUACUUUGGGAAUCCUUGAAAGUGGACAAAAGUGGGAAAAUUUUCAGAAAUCAGAAAAGGUUACAGGUCUUGGACCUAGCAAAUAAUAAAAUUGGUGCCCUUCCCCGGGAUAUAUUUAGAGGAUUUUCCGAUUUAACGUAUUUAAACUUAAGUUCAAAUUCACUUGCAAUCUUCAAUGUGAGUAUAUCUCAUCUGUCAAAACUGAAAUGGAUUGACCUAUCUUCUAAUCAGCUUUCUAGUCUGAAUGAAGAAAUGCGGACAACCUUAAAUUCACUUUCAGAUGUAAGAAAAGUGUCAUUGAAUUUACAAAACAAUCCAUUGCGAUGUUCGUGUUCGAACAUACAAUUUCUGACUUGGAUUGGCCAAUCAAGAAAUAUAGAAUUCCUAAACAUGAACAACUAUACCUGGUUGUUUCAGAAUUCAAGUCAAAAAUCUUUCAAUAACUUUACAAGAUUGCUGAAAGAAAUGGAGAAAGAAUGUGCUUCUUUUACUUUGGUUAUAGCUCUCACAUCAGCCCUGCUUUUAGUUGUAGUCACAAUUAUAAUCAGUAAGAUUGUUCACCGUUAUAGAUGGAGGAUUCGUUAUUUAUACUAUGUAGCGAGGCGGGACAGAAGAAACCAAACUGCAAACAAAAAUAUAAGCUACCAUUUCGACGCAUUUGUUUCCUAUGCUGACGAGGAUAGAGAAUUUGUUAUUGCUCUUGUUAAAUACAUGGAAGCAAAUUUUAAUCUUCGAAUGUGUAUACACCAGAGGGAAUUUAUUCCAGGUACCGGUAUCGUUGACAAUAUCACAAACGCAAUUCAUAACAGUAGAAGAACAAUAUGCUUCCUGACGUCACAUUAUCUCAGCUCCUAUUGGUGUGACGUAGAAAUAAAUAUGGCGCGAAUAGAAUCCGUUUAUUCUAGGGGAGGAUCUAACGUUCUGUUGUUUAUUAUUCCAAAAAGGAGUGUCAUCAAGGAAUUACCUUUAAAGUGGAUGGACCUUAUAGAAAGCAAAUCAUACAUGGAAGUAUGUACUCAGGACGCUAGGGAAUUAUCAUCUUUUAGAGACCGACUUGCAUCAACUUUAAGAACUGAUGAAUUUUAGGUAAUGAAUAUAUGGAAUAUAGAAUAGGAUGUAACAUGGAAAUUGAAAAUUAUUUACAUCACAAAAUAAUUGCAAGUGAUUGAUAUUCCGCAGAUGG